AUGGGACUCGCGUAUAAUGUCUACUUGAACUCGGCCAAGAUCUUUGGAUGCAAGAACUGUAAGACGCACUUGGCCGAUUUCGACGACAUCAUAUCUCGGAAUUUUCGGGGACAGCAUGGCAAAGCCUUCCUGUUCUCCACGGUCGUAAACAUCAAACAAGCAGAAGCGAUGGAACGGAACAUGACCACUGGCAGGCAUAUCGUAAGAGACAUCAAGUGCAAACAGUGCGACGAGACGGUCGGCUGGAAAUAUGACAAGGCAUAUGAGGCUAGCGAGAAGUACAAGGAAGGGAAGUACAUCCUGGAGUCUGAGCUGCUUUGUACGGUGACCUGA